AUAUAGAAAUUGGGGUACCUUAAUUUUUUCGGAAAGCAAUACUUUUCUUACCUAUGGUAAUAGGGCAAGGAAAGUAAAAAAGCUGUUCAGCAUGAACUUUUAAAUUCAAGUCAGGUGAUUGAAAAAUAAGCGUUUGAUUAGUUCACUUCAUUUGUGUUACUUGCACGUGAAAAUAUCAAAAUUUAAAAUAAUUUUUAUUUUUCUGAACUAAAUUUUGAUUGCACGAUGAAUUUCCAAUUAAAUUCAUUCUAUAAAGGAGACUCUUGUUGUCGCAGAGCCAAAACUGGUUUUAUAAGCGGUCUCAAAUUGCCAUUGAAAGCGUGUAUUGUAAAUAUUAGACAUUUUAUAGCAAUUGUCUUUAGUACCAUAUUUUAUCAUGUCAUUCCUAACUUCAUAAUGAUUGCAUCUGUGUGGCUGAUGUUUGCUUAUAAAACAAUACAUUUCAUUCAUAAACAGGCUAAAGGGGAAGAUAAACUCCUACUUGUUCUUAAGAUUUUGAUGGCAAUAUCAAUAGUUCAAGUUUGCUUGUUCUUAUGGUUAAAGAGUCAAGAGAUUUUAGACUGCAUUCUAUCAAUAAUCACUUCGGUCACUAUUUUUUUUACGGACAACGGACAAGCUGGGCAUAAAUUCUUUCUGAACAGUUUAUUUUUCAAACGGAGAAGCAAUGAAUCAAGACCGAUCACUGAACUGUUGUGUUUUAUAAUAGCCAUCUGUACUACAUCUUAUAUUCUGUAUUCAACUGUCAAUAAAUUGAGAAGCAGCAAUACAGUUGAGAAAAAAACAUGUACCAGAAUAGAACCCGAUAAUGGAAUUUUUAUCAUAUUGGUUAAGGAUAAUUGCCAACAGUUUACCAGCACUUCUUCCAAGAGUAACAAGUAUUUGAAGAAUCUACAAGAUUAUGGAAAUGAGAACUCAAGUGAAAACAGCCGUAUGUUGACAAGAGCACGCACACGAUACAAUGCCCGACUUCCAGAUGUGAUCAAGGCAUCCAAUAAUUGAAGAUUAAAUUUUGAUCGAGGAAAGAUUUUGAGUUUUGAGUAAGACAAAUUCAUACUCAUGGAAAGCAUAGCAAUAUUGAUAAUACUACAAUCCGGCCAAAUUUAGGCCUAUACACGAAUCUACAAAUAAUUGACAAUUCAAAAAAUGAAUAAAACAAAUACUUUUGGAA